AUGGCAAGGCGUAAUCAUAAAGAACGAUCACAACCAGUUCAUCGGGCACGUCUAGGUUUACUAGAGAAACAUAAGGAUUAUGUUCAUAGAGCAAGAGAUUAUAAAUCGAAACAAGAUCGUAUCAGGAAAUUACGUGAAAAGGCAGCUUUCAGAAAUAAGGAUGAAUUCUAUUGGGGUAUGGUAAAAGGUAAAACAAAGAAUGGAAUAGCAAUUGCAGAUAGAGGAAAUGUAGCUCUAGAUAUGGACGUAGUGAAAAUUCUUAAAUCUCAAGAUUUGGGUUAUGUUAAAGUUCAAAUUGCAAAGGAUGAAAAGAAAAUCACGCGACUGAGAGCAGAAUUAGAAAUUACCGCUCCUGUGGCUGGACCUAGUUCAACUUCAAGCUCAACUUCAGAGUGGGAUGCAGCGGCUGAAUUAGCUGAAGUUGAAAAAUUAGCAGAAAUGGGUAUAAUCCUUCGUCCUCAAGAAGGAAGUAGUAAGAAAGGGAAAGGAAAGGGCAAAGCACCUGCUGCAGGACACGUAAUCUUCGCUGACGACAAAGUUGAAUUCGAGAAUUAUGGUCACACAAGUGGAGAAUCAAGUGAAGAAGCUGUACACAAUGAACAGGCUAUAGAUCUAGGUUGGUCAGAACCUUCAUCGUCAAAGAAGAAGAAGGAAAAAGCCAUUACACCUGUCCCAGUCAUCGAUGAAGAAGCAGUAGCGGAAGAAGCGAGAGAACAUCGGAUGGAAUUGUUGACGUUACUUUCUGCAUACCUGGCAAGAUUGAAACUCCUUCGUCAAGCAGAAUCGAAACUGGAGACCACGAAAGGAUUGAUGGGCAAAGGCGCAGCAACCAAAAUAAGGGAAUCGCAAUAUGUAGAAGACGAGACCGUUCCAGAGAACAAGAAUGGCGAAAGGACGAGGUUGGUAGGCAAGAUGUGGAAAUGGAAGUUGGAGAGGAGGCGAUGA